CGGAGAUGGAUCGAGAGCGGGUCGCUGCGGAGGCUAUCGAACGCGCGGAACGGGAGGCUGUCGAGGCGAGGAGGACGAGGCCCAAGACGGCGCCGCCCGCCCGGCGCACGGAGCACGCCGCUCUGGAGACCGCCGCGGACAGGUACAGCGCCGCGGAAGCUUCCCGCAGGGGCCGCGAUGGCAGCGGGUGGUACGGCGGAGUCCUCGACGGGGAUGGCCAAACCCUCCCUAAACCCAAACCUCGCGACGAGGGCGAGAUUCCCCCGUGGAUGCCCGUCACGACGACGGAUGGAACGGGGAGGCGAGACCCGAACGCCACCGCGGGUCGACCCGCGGGCGACUCGCAGCCCUUUGCCACGUCCGAGUCGCUCGAGUCGUGGUCUUCGCACGUCGCCGCGGUGGAGGCGCGGCUCAUGCGGCUCAGCGUCGAACGCGACGAGCUGGAAGGGGAGCUCGGGAGGCUGCCGGAGGGCGCCGGGCGGACCAUCGACGAGCGCCGACGGAAGCAACACGCGGAGCGCCGGCUGGAGGAACUUCACAGGUCCAUGAGCCAGGCGAGGAACCAGCUCAAGCAGGCGCAGCGCGUUCACCUCGUCGGCGCGUGAUGAGAGACUUCCGGAGAGGGCGGGUGGGCAGCCCGGGCGAAGACCCGAACGCGACUCACUAAUAAGGGUUUAACAACCACGAGACGAAACACUUC